AUGUACUGGAUAAAAGAGAAGAAAAAACAAGCAAACUAUUUUCCAGGGAAACCACGAAUUGUAUGCGUUGACGAUGGACUGGAAUUUGAGAUCACCACGUUGUUCCCAUUCAAUGGACAAAUUUUUGCUCAUGAUCGAAAACGAAUACCUGAGUGGGUUUUUUUUGACAGACGUAAAAUGAGGUGCUAUGAUAUGGUAGGGAAAGAUGAGGAAUGCAUAUAUUCGUUCAGAGAAGCUACGACAGCUAAAGUUAAGUUAUCAUAUGAGGAGUGUGGUAUCAAAAGUGCAGGUCAACAAAUAGGACAAACGCAUUAUCAUAUCCAGAUAAUUGUCGUUUUUGAGCAAAAGGAUGGCGUCACAUCACUUCAGUCGUAUAUAGCGCAGUGUGAACAGCAGAAAGUGCACUAUCAAAAGAGUUCGGUGCCGCGACGAAUUGAAGAAGCUUUAGAAGAGUUCGAAAUUUUUACUUUUCACUUAAGCAACAUUUGCUUACAGUUACUCAGUCCAUCUAUAAGAAAUUUUCACAGAUACUGUUUUCGGUUGCAUUUGGUACCGGCAAGGCUUGAACAGAAGGCACCAGUUCCUGAAUGUCUCAUGCGUAUCUUACGAGAAGAAGAACACAGCCAUAAUCAUGAGGCAACUGAGGUAGAUGUUGUUGAUCUUGGCCAGCCGAUGAGAAUCGAAUGGAGGCUGGUGCCAGAAUCCGGUAAACCACCUUUAUCUUCUAUCAUUUUUUGUUUCAUCUGCCUUUUUCUUUUGAAUUUCACUUUUCUUGAGAAGUGGAUUGAAAACGCUUAUGGUUUUCAUAUACGGAACUGCACUGUCCAAGAUCGAAUUAGCGGUGAAGAAUACUUGGUAAUUGAUGCACGAGGUUGUUCAACAGAUAUCAACAUCUUUGGACAUCCGCAUUACGACACCUACCACGAUGUUGCAAGCGUACAUUGGCACGCGUUUAAAGUACCCGAUGACAGUCAAUUAAAUAUACGAUGUUCUUUUGAAAUAUGCUCUGAUAUUGAAGAUUCCAAAUCCGGUAUUUCCAGCUGUGAAAGUAUACCGUCGCCGCCAUAUUGUCCGGAUGUAAUUAGUUCGCCAACAAAUUCCAUCUUAUCGGAUUUAAACAAGAAUUCGCUACGGAAACGUAGUACUACAGAGAACGUCGAACGAAGCCCGAUGCAUCAAGAUGUUCAUGCAGAUAUUUGCAUUGGCACUCGCGAUGAUGCCUAUUGUAAUUCUGUUGAUUUUAUCAAAAAUCGAAAUAAGCAUCUAAAUUCGGUAACAUGUAGUAGCAGAGGGAUGUGCAAUAUGGCUGAAACGCAACGGGUAUGCAUCUCCAGCAUAUGGCUUAGUAUAUGUACGGGUUUAUCCGCUUGGACGUUAAUGAUAGCAGUUGGUGUACAUGUUUACUGUAGGUGGUGUCGACGAAAGAGGAAGUGUAGCAACAACGUUGUUCAUACAACAGCACCCCAUUUGCCUUGA